AUGACGAGCUUCGAUACCUUCUGCCUCCUCACUACCAUUGACAUGCGCGAAGCCGAACUUGAAGCGGCGGAAAAGGCGAAACAGAUGGCUAACAUUAUCGCGACUCCAGGUGACGCUAAGAAGGGUGCCAAGCUCUUCCAGACCCGUUGCGCUCAGUGCCACACUGUCGAGUCUGGCGGUGCCCACAAGGUCGGCCCCAACCUCCACGGCCUCUUCGGCCGUAAGACCGGUUCCGCCGAGGGCUACGCCUACACCGACGCCAACAAGCAGGCCGGUGUCACUUGGGACGAGAACACUCUGUUCUCCUACCUUGAGAACCCCAAGAAGUUCAUCCCCGGUACCAAGAUGGCCUUCGGUGGUCUGAAGAAGGGCAAGGAGAGGAACGACCUGAUCACCUACCUCAAGGAGAACUGCUAA